AUGGCAAGAUUUCCUUUAGCAAUAUGUCUAAUGUGUAUAAUAGUAGCAUCAAGUACGGUAUAUGAAGCGCAAGGAGGUUUCUUAUUAAGGCAUUACUUGAGGAAACUUCCUAGACUGGCCAACGAGUUUGAACCUUUCGCUUUCAAGAUUAUGAUUAGAUUUAUAGAAAACCUUGAGAGCCUAUGCUCCUCGAAAGUGGAGUACAAGGAGUUCUUCUCAAAGCUGAAGGCUUUUUUGAUCUUCAUAAACUCAGCAGCAGGGAAGUCUUCAUCGUCAGAAUUUGAGUCUCAGUUGAAAGCACAUUCUGAGGGGCUCUUCAAGGCUAUCUCUGCAUUGGGUGUCAAAGCAUCGGCGGAUACAAGCAAGUUGAUUGAAAGUUUGAUGUCAAUGGGAAAAGUUAUGGCUGAGUAUAAGAGGAGUGGUUCACUAACAAUGACAAGUGAACAAAGGAAAGUGCUGAUCACAUCUGUGAUGAAAUGGGCACAAGUGAUUGGUCAGUUUGUGAAAACUGUACGAGAAAAGACUGGUGAUGGUGAUAUUGAUCUCCCAUCUCUUGGCGUUGGUGGUGGAGAUGAUGACACCGGAAGUGCUGGAGGUGGAAGCUCUGGCAGUGGUUCAUCCUCCAUGGGAGCUGGAAACGCUGGGGGUGGAAGCUCCGGAAAUGGGGCCUCCUCCAUGGGAGCUGGAAGCACUGGUAUGGGAGGUGGAAGCACUGGUGGCAGUGGUGCUGGUGAUGGAAGCUCUGCUGACGCCGGAAGUACAGGUGGUGCCAGUGGUGGAAGCUCUACUGACGCCGGAAGUACAGGUGCUGCCAGUGGAGGAAGCUCUACUGACGCCGGAAGUACAGGUGCUGCCGGAAGCUCUGCUGAUGCCGGAAGCACAGGUGGUGCCGGAAGUACAGGUGAUGCCGGAAGCUCUGCUGAUGCCGGAAGCACAGGUGGUGCUGGCGGCGGAAGCUCUGCUGACACCGGAAGUACAGGUGAUGCCAGUGGUGGAAGCUCUACUGACGCUGGAAGUACAGGUGGUGCCAGUGGAGGAAGCUCUAAUGACGCCGGAAGUACAGGUGCUGCCGGAAGCUCUGCUGAUGCCGGAAGCACAGGUGCUGCCGGAAGUACAGGUGGUGCCGGAAGCUCUGCUGAUGCCGGUGGUGAAAGCUCUGCUGACACCGGAAGUACAGGUGGUGCCGGUGGUGGAAGCUCUACUGACGCCGGAAGUACAGGUGGUGCCAGUGGAGGAAGCUCUAAUGACGCCGGAAGUACAGGUUCUGCCGGAAGCUCUGCUGAUGCCGGAAGCACAGGUGCUGCCGGAAGUACAGGUGGUGACGGAAGCUCUGCUGAUGCCGGAAGCACAGGGGGUGCCGGGGCUGCCGGAAGCUCUGCUGAUGCCGGAAGCACAGGUGCUGCCGGUGGCGGAAGCUCUACUGACACUGGAAGUACAGGUGGUGCCGGUGGCGGAAGCUCUGGUGACACCGGAAGCAAAGGUGGUGCCGGUGGCGGAAGCUCUGGUGACACCGGAAGUACAGGCGGUGCCGAUGGCGGAAGCUCUUCUGACACCGAAAGUACAAGUGGUGCUGGAAGCUCUACUAACACCGAAAAUACAGGUGGUGUCGGUGGUGGAAGUACAAGUGCUGCCGGCAGCGCAAGCUCUACUGAAACUGGAAGUACAGGUGGUACCGGUGGCGGAAGCUCUGCUAACACCGGAAGUACAGGUGGUGCCGGUGGUGGAAGCUCCGUGGACACCGGAAGCACAGGUGGUGCCGGUGGUGGAAGCUCUGCGGACACUGGAAGUACAGGUAGUACCAGUGAUGGAAGCUCUUCGGACACCGGAAGUACAGGUGGUGCCGGUGGUGGAAGCUCUGCUGACACCGGAAGUACAGGUGGUGCCGGUGGUGGAAGCUCUGCUGAGACUCAAAGUAUGACUGGUGCUGGUAGUGGAACCGCUGUUGGUGGCCCGAGUGGAAGUCCAACUGAUAGCUCAGGCUCAGGUGAAAGUGCUGGUGGUGAAACCUCUAGUGCUGGUGGUUCAAGCGGAGGAAAAUCUGGUAUGUCCACAUCAAGUUCUAUGGGCGGUGGAAAGUCUCAGGAGAAGAGUAAAAGCACCACUAGUGGAAGCGCCAGUGGGGGAGGCACUUCUGACGGUGCAAGUGGAGGUUCAACUGAUAACUCUGCAGCAGGAGAAAGUUCCAUGAAUACUGAAGGUUCCUACUUAGAUUCUACAGGUGGAAGCGCCAUGGGGAGCCCCACCGGAAGCCCUUCUGGUAGCGGUGGAAGCUCAAUCACUGGAAGUGAAACUGCAACCUCAUCUUACCAAGCUGGAGGAGCAUCCGCAGGUGGCCCAAGUGGAAGUACUACUGAUAGCACUGCUGCAGGAGGAAGCUCCACAACCCAAACAAGUACACAAGGUGGUUCAGCUGAAGGAAGUAGUGGAACCUCUGAAGACAAAUCUUCCAAAGGAAAAUCCGGGUCUAUGAGCAAUGAAGGUUCUUCCAACUAUCAAAAGACGCACUCAAAAUCCUCAAACAAGAGCUCCAUCAGCCAUUCUUCAGAGGAGAAAAGCUCCAGCAACUCUAAAUAA